CUCCCCCUCUUCCAAUCAACCACACACGUACUGAUCCCGUACUGAUCCCUUACUGAUCCCGUACUGUACAUCUUAUCCCAACGGCGGCAAACUCAGCGCUAUUCUUUGGUUGAUAAACCCGUCGUCCAGUCUCCAUACUGGCCAUCCUCAACCACGGCGUCGUCCUCCUCCUCUUCGAUCCACGCUACACUGCGGCGCCAACUUCCGCACCUUUCCUCCCUCUCCCCCCGGCAAGAGACGCCCUCCAACAAGGCAGCACCAUCAGCGUCCAUAUCUCGACUCCGAAGCCCUCACCGCAACCAUGGACAAGCGGAAUCCCAGCUCCUUCCAGCAGCUGGAGAAGCUAGGAGAGGGAACCUAUGCCACGGUCUUCAAAGGGCGUAACCGCCAGACCGGCGAGCUCGUAGCCCUCAAAGAGAUCCACCUCGAUUCGGAAGAAGGCACACCCUCCACAGCGAUCCGCGAGAUCUCCCUGAUGAAGGAGCUGAAGCACCCCAACAUCCUCUCCCUCCACGAUGUCAUCCACACCGAGAGCAAGCUCAUGCUCGUCUUCGAGUACAUGGACACCGAUCUGAAGCGGUACAUGGACACGACCGGCGACCGCGGCGCCCUCAACCCCGUCACCGUCAAGUCCUUCAUGCACCAGCUGCUCAAGGGCAUCGACUUCUGCCACACCAACCGCGUGCUGCACCGCGACCUGAAGCCGCAAAACCUCCUCAUCAACGCCAAGGGCCAGCUCAAGCUCGGCGACUUCGGACUCGCCCGCGCCUUCGGCAUCCCAGUCAACACCUUCUCCAACGAGGUCGUGACGCUGUGGUACCGCGCCCCCGACGUCCUCCUCGGCUCGCGCACCUACAACACCAGCAUCGACAUCUGGUCCGCCGGCUGCAUCAUGGCGGAGAUGUACACGGGCCGUCCGCUGUUCCCCGGCACGACCAACGAGGACCAGCUGGUCCGCAUCUUCCGCAUCAUGGGCACGCCCUCCGAGCGCUCGUGGCCGGGCAUUAGCCAGUUCUCCGAGUACAAGCCGAAUCUCCAGGUCUUCAACACGCAGGACCUGCGCGCCAUCCUGCCGCAGAUCGACCCGAGUGGUAUUGACUUGCUGCAGCGCAUGUUGCAGCUGCGUCCGGAGCUGAGGGUUAGCGCCCAUGAUGCCCUGCAGCACCCGUGGUUCGCGGAUCUGAAUCAGCCAAGGCAGCCGGCGGGGCAGCCGGCGGGGAGGUAUACGCAGGGCCAGAGCGGGUAUGAGAAUUACUGAGGUGCGGUGGGGGCUGGUGCUAUUAUGUAAACAGUGACAAAAGUAUGGGAGAGGAUACAACAGUGGCCGAGAAGACAAAAAACCAGAGAUACACCCCGAUAGGAUAAAGAGAGAGACAGGCAAUGCUCAGGGUUCCGACGUAGAAGGUACUGUAUCAGAGAAGGAUGGAUAAACGGCCGUGAAGAGAGGCUCAAUGACGAUGGCGAUACGUCUAUUUGCAUCUACAGGCGUUGGUGUUGCGAGCAGGAUCAGGGACUAGGGGUUCUUGGUAGACGUUGGGGAUCGGGUUUAUGGAGUGGGGGUGGGGGGUUUGAGUGGCUUGCGAAAUAUAGGAGUUGUCCCAUCUACUCUCGCUACAAGGUUCGGAAAAAAAAUGUGAUUGUGGUUGAUGCGCUCAGGAAUCACCAUUCUCAUCCACUUGUAUUAAUCACAGCUGUAUUCAAAGCAAAGACUGAAGAUAGAGGUAUCAUUAACAUCCCUCGUAUAUCCCCCAUAUUUUGCCUUUAUGCCUACGGAUUCACCUAUCUUCCCAUAGCGAGAUCCCCCCCCAUCCGGAACGCCAUCCACAAU